GUUAAAAACAAAAAGGUCGAAAUUUUAUGAGAGUUGUAAUAAACAAUCAAUGGAUCACAUUUAUAAACCACCCAUAAAAUCUACAGAGCCAUUUGAACUACAGAAAUGGCAAGAAUUCCAACGAAAAAUCAAUCCAUUUCAUACAUCAAAUGCUCCUUUAGAUGUAAUUUGCGGACUCAAUACCGACAAAGUUGGAUACAUUUCCGCGCAAACGAUUGAGAAUGUGAUGAAUUCGUGCCAAAAAGAAAUUUCUGAGCCCUAUUUCCUGCACAAAAUCAAGGAAGUUCCCAUACCUGAAGCAGCUAAAGGCUUAAAAUGCGUUCGACGAGCGUUAACAAACCAAAAACGUUCACGAAGCUUCUCAGAGCGCAUUCAAAGAGCAACAAUGAUACAAUUGCCGCCGAACGAAGUCAAGGGUUUAAGUACGGCAAAAAGUUACAAUGAUACGGUAUUUGUAGUGAAGGUUUUUGAGCCAUUUAAAUACGUUACAGGCGCACGAAAAACUCCCAAAGUUGGACAAGAAAUUCGAUUGCUUGGAUCACACAAAUUGACAAUGUUACGAGACAACAUUCGGUGUUAUGAUGCCCCUUUGUUGGAUAUCAGCGGAGAUCCAAAUCAAGAAUUACCUGCUGAAUGUCAUAAUUCCAGCUUUAUAUUUAUCGACGACACAUUUUACAAUGACUGUCGAAAUCCACAAAACUUGGAUUACUCCGAAGUGCUUCGCGAUUGGGCAGAAAAAAAGAGAAAAAAUGACUUUCGACAUUUAAAACAAGAUCAAAUGGAGAAUAUUUCAAUGCAAGAAUUGAAAUUCAAAGUUGGUUUCCCAUACUUUUAUCAGCAUUUCGGAAACUGUGAACAUUUGCUGAUAUUCACUGAUGUUCGUGUUGUGACUCGCAGAGAAGUUAAUCAACGAAUCGGGUUUCCCAUGGUUUUGAAUGGCUCAACAAAACAUGUUUAUUGCUUCAUUUGUGGGCUGAAUGAAGCACUUUUUGUCAUUCAAGGAAGUACGGAACACAUUCAAGAUCCCAGCCAAAUAUGUGAUCAUUGUCUCCUUACUUUGCAUUACAAAGAUGGUAAAAAAAUUGGAAACUUUUCACUUUAUCGCAUCAAUAAAGACCCGAAUAAAAAUUGAAGCACAGUUUUUUCUUUUACAUGUUUUUAUUAUAAUUUUUCACGCAUUUUUAAAAUGGAAUUACAACUGAUAGAAACAAAAUAUGUAAUAAUAAAAUUAAAUGUAAAUAUGUAGCUGAAUCAAUGAAAAAACUGAUCCAGUUUCAUUUUUUUUCUUCUUCUUUUUAUUUUAAAUAAUAGUGAGUGUUGAUCAUAUAGUUGUUAUUUAGUUAGUUUGUCGUUUGCCAAAUAAAAUGAAAGCCACGUUUAUGAUCCUACAAUGAUGUUAUUGAUUGGGAUGUGAAUCAACUUGACGAAAAAUCCGAUGAAUCCCAUUAUGCAGAAACCGAUAGCUGUUGCAAUAGCAAUCUUCUGGAACUCCUUUCUAUCUGGCUUGGUACAACGUUUAAUUAGUCGGAUGGAAUCCUUUGCGAAUGAACGUCCUGGCUCGUAGAUUUUAGCAACUUGAUCCAUUGU